CAGCAAUCGACCGUUACGUACAAGCGAUUUWGCCCCGAAAUUUCAAAAACAAACGGCUAACAAUGUACUUCAGCACCAUCCUCGAUCAAUCCUCGACCAAAAAAAUGACGGACGUCUUUUGCAAAACUCGGUUUUUUAAUCUUGUCUCUUUGUUCAAAAGYAAUCACCGAACCGCAGGAAAUGUACAGCCUCAUUGAACGCAGUUUGCACAACAGAAACGACGACCGAAUGGACCAAUAGAUCCGAAUCUCUAUCCACCAAAAACGUUUGUAACUCAGCUAUGACAACUCCCACCAACCAUACGCAUUCCUCUUUGUUCGACUUUGGCGACACAAUAGAGUCCGCUCCCUCGCAGAGCUCUCUCGAACAAAACUCGUCCAUCGAAGAAUCACAGAUUUUUGUAUCCAUGGGCGGCGAGGUGUCGGGCCACACACGCUACAGUUCCAGUGCUCUGAGUGGCGCUUCGGGUUUGAAAUCGAAGGGUUUCUCGAAYAACAMCACCAGUCACAACACCAAUAUCAGCGACUCCCUAUUGGGGCCCUUGGAAGAAGAACCGGAGACACCCGUUGCAAGAGAGGAAACAACAACCCCUACAGGAGAGAAUACAGCCGAAGCAACAACACCGACGAUAACGCCAACACAACCGCAGAUCGCUAACAGCAUUCUGAGACCUUCAUCUUAUGCGAUCAAACCUYCAGAACAACAAGAAGAGAAACAACAUGAGGAGGAAGAGGAAGAACAAGGACCACAAAAACCGAAUUUGAUUAUUUCUACAGACUCUGGAACCACAAAUGAAGACCACGACACUAUCAGUCAUCACGCGUUWAGCCCAACGCUGCAUACUAGCAAUCAGACUCCCGGAGGAGCGUUAAAACAAAACAAAAAUGAUUUCGAUUUUGAAAACGCUGGSCUGAAUUUGAGAGUGAACGACCAGAACGCCGAACACGCCUCGGCGUGGGCAAUUCAUCUCGCGCUGAUCUUYUUUUGUGCUUUGGUCGUCGCCUGCAGUGUGCUGACUUUCACGGUGAUUCAYACGUACGGAUUCUUUACGCUUUUCCUCCUGGCGAUCGUGGUUGCCUUUUGCGGCUUUUUGGCAUGCUUCGUCGAUAGCACAAUACUGUCCCAGAAUCCCAAGCUGAAGCCCGUUCGCCAAAAGAUUCUUACUGCGGUGCAAGCCACGCGGAAGAUAAUCGAGGAAGAAUACGAAUCGUUCGUCCGUGAUUGGAGGGAAGAAGUCCUGAUGCUCACUGAAGGUGGCGAGAACUACGAUCCGAAUGUCACGGGGGGCACUGCCAAYGGUACCAGGUAUCACAACAGCGAUUUUGAUGGGACAACACUUCCACAACAGCGACGAAAAAAGAGCAAGGUGUUCAAGCUGGUCAGGCCUUUUUUGGGUCUGAAAAAGAAGCUGUCAAAAGCAAAAGGCAGGCGGAAGAAGGAAAAAAGUGUCAUUCCAUUUGACGAGAUGCCGUCAUACAAUCCUCCCGCGGUCGGAAUCGUGUAACAACUUACUACCGCCUUUCUGGCUUAAGUAAACAGCGUCGCAACAAUUCAAUGGCCGGAAUUUAUGUAUUCAAUUGUGACUAUUCCGAUAGACAACGAACCUAGAACGCAAAGCAUAGAUACUAAUAAAAUAACACAAAACGU